UGCCUCUGAGCCUACUGCCUGCAUGGGCCCCGCACAGAGCAGGGGGGCUGAGAUUACCUCGCUUUAACACAGGGGAGAGCAGGGCCCCUCAGGUGGCCCUCGGGGUGCAGAUACUGCUUUUCACAAUCUCUCCUCCAUCCUCAAGAUCCUGGAAAACUCCUUCCAAGAAGGAAGAGGAAAUGUGACCAGGGGAUUUCCAGAGAGUUCAUGUGCAGCUGUCUCGACACGGAGGAAGUUAAAACAAAGCAAGGUCCAGUCGACUCUCUUGCAGGCGGGGGUCCUGGGACCGGGCCAGGGAAUGAGGAAUUCUGAGGAGGGACAUGGAGCUGCUGCCAGGCUGGGGACCGCCCACCUGGAGCCCAGCACCCAAGGCUGACGCCCUGAGUCUGGCCCUCUACUUCCUGCUCCUGGGGUCCCCCCACUGCACUGAGUCAAAGCCCCUAUGUAAAGAGGAGGAAUACCCGGUGGGGGCGGAGUGCUGCCCCAAGUGCAGCCCAGGUUACCAUGUGAAGCAGGCUUGUGGGGAGUUCACGGGUACACUGUGUACUCCCUGCACCCCCGGGACCUACACCGCCCACCUCAAUGGCCUGAGUGAGUGUCUGCAGUGCCGCGUCUGUGACCCAGCCAUGGCCCUGGUGACCCGGCAGAAGUGCUCCAGCACGAAGAACACUGUGUGCAGCUGCAACCAAGGCCACUUCUGCACGAUGGAGGAUGGGGACGACUGUGCCGCGUGCAGGCCCCACAGUGUCUGCAGGCCAGGCCAGAGGGUGCAGGAAAGAGGCACCGAGCGGCAGGACACAAAGUGUGCAGACUGCCCGCCCGGGACCUUCUCUCUCAACGGAAGCCUGGCAGAGUGUCAGCCCUGGACCAAGUGCGGCGGCCUGCUGCAGGUGGAAACAAACCCUGGGACCAGCAGCACAGAUGCCACCUGCUCCUCCUGGCGAUUGUGGGUCUUGCUCUGUGUCCUCAUCAUUGGUCCCUUUCUUCUGCUCCUUUGCUACAUCGUGAUGAAAGCCAGAAAGUCACCUGGAGGACUCACCCAAAGGAGAAUCGAUCCUCAGCUGAACAGACAGCGGACAGAAGGGAACGCCGCAGCCGACCAGGGCCUGCCAACAUCACAGUUCCUGCCAGACGUCACUACGGUGGCCGUGGAGGAGACAGCAUCCAUGUCCCUUAAUCCAUGACCCUUAAGAGGGACUGACCAGCUGAUAAAUGGCUCCAGGGUACACAUACGCAUGACUGAGCCAUCUGCACUGUGCCUGUUGAA